GGCUAAAACUGUAUAGCGAACGACAACGAUCACGCAACAACAUGAAACUAGUCGAGUUUCUACCAUAUACCUGGAUUUAAUCGAUUUUCCACGAAAGGUUGCUAUUGCUAACCUCGUAGCUUUCUUUCAGAAAAAUCACUAGAUGCAUUUGCAUCGCAAGGCGCAUACUUAUGUUCCGAUAAUAUGUUUUGCAUUAUUAUUUGGAAUGUUGGUAAUAUAGUUAACGGUGUUUGAAUACGCGACCAUUCUUCGUUACAUAUCGAAUCAUCUCGUUGCUUUUAAAUCUUUCACCAAUAGCAAGCAAUGAAUAGAAGAACAACGUACAAAGUAGUGCCAUUAUCUCUAUCCUUAUCUUGUGAGUAUGUAUCUCGUUUUACCUGAAUACAAUGAAAGUGCGCAACGUUCAGUGGGUGGGGGCAUUAUAUGAGAAAGAGAGAAAACAAGAGGGAGAGAAAUUGUUCGUCUUGAAAGCCGUCAUGGCUGAUUCAUCGUGAGUGACUCUUUCAAGAGUACGAUAACAAAUGACAUUGUGAUUGAAUCAUUAAGUGUAAGAAGUACAGUGCAUGGAAUUAUUUUUGAAUCAAAACGGUAAUCUCGAUGUGGAAAUUCCACGAAGAAACGUGAUAAACGGCGUUUUCGCGUGCGCGUAACUUCCCCGUGGAACGAUGAACGGGUUAAGUUUUAGUGAAUUGUGUUGCUUGUUUUGCUGUCCGCCUUGCCCGUCCAGAAUCGCUGCAAAACUAGCGUUUCUACCUCCUGAACCUACGUAUGCAUUUAUUGAAGAUGAAGGUUCCAAAGUUACAAUUUCUUUAUCUGAAAGAGCAGAAUGGCAAUAUACAGAAAGGGAGAAAGAGUCGGUAGAAGGUUUCUAUGCAAGAACGUCACGAGGAAAUCGAAUAGCCUGUUUAUUUGUACGGUGUUCAGCUACUGCACGUUUUACGAUUUUAUAUUCCCAUGGAAAUGCAGUCGAUCUGGGACAGAUGUCUAGUUUUUAUUUAGGACUUGGAUCGAGAAUAAAUUGUAACAUAUUUAGUUAUGAUUAUUCGGGUUAUGGAGUUUCUGGUGGUAAACCGUCAGAAAAGAAUCUUUAUGCGGAUAUAGAUGCUGCGUGGCAUGCUCUUAGAACACGUUAUGGUAUUAGCCCGGAAAACAUCAUUCUAUAUGGUCAAAGUAUCGGGACUGUACCCACAGUCGAUCUGGCCGCGCGAUAUGAGGUUGGCGCAGUUGUUCUGCAUUCACCUUUAAUGUCGGGAAUGCGAGUUGCUUUUCCUAAUACCAAAAGAACUUGGUUCUUUGAUGCGUUCCCGAGUAUAGAUAAAGUACCAAAAGUUACAUCUCCUGUUUUGGUAAUUCAUGGAACUGAAGAUGAUGUAAUAAAUUUCAAUCAUGGUUUAGCAAUUUAUGAGAGAUGUCCAAGAGCAGUAGAACCAUUAUGGGUUGAGGGUGCUGGUCAUAAUGAUGUAGAAUUGUAUGAUCAAUAUUUAGAGCGAUUGAAGCAAUUUGUAAGUGUAGAACUGAUAAACUGACGGCGACUAAGCCUCUCCCAGAAUCAGGGGGGGCAGGGAGGAGGACAUACACAUGUGAGCAGUCAAGGACAUACCACUUCUAAUAAUUCAAACACUACCAGUUCUAUUUCAACAAGCUCACAGACUGAAAAGCUUGUCUAGCAAUCGCCUUCCACAGGGGAGAAGGCACCUGUCCUCCCCUGUGAUGAAGAAUCAUCUUUUGUUUCUAUAGAUGAUGGAUUUUUCUUUCGUGAUCAACAGAUGGAUAUUAAUCAGAAAAUUCAUCAUAAAAAUUCUUUAAAAGAAACAUGUUCUGAGGAUGAUGACUCAAGUUUAGAUAGUAAUUCAAAAAAAGCUAUUCAACAAGAUGAAAAAAAUAUGAAAGAAGAAGAAUUGAUAACAAAUAUUCAAGAUAAGAAACAUAAUAAAACAAUAUUGGAAGGUACUUCUAUUCGCCAUAACUUUCGAUUAAAUCAUAUUAGUCAAGUUGCAAAAAAACAUAUUUCUUUGCCAAAAAAUAUAAAAAAUCCAUUUACUAAAAGUCAAAAGAAUAUUGUCCAUAGAACUUUAAAAAAUUCAUUUGGUCAAGGUCAUAAGAAAGCUGAUAUACAAAUAUCCCAUACAACUUUAGUUGACAUACAGGUUGAAGACUGCCGACAAUAUACUAUUGAAGAAAAGUCAUUGUCAUCAUAUUCCAAUAUAUCUAAUGAUAAUAAUAAAAGUAUUUCAGAUUGUAAAAAUAGUCAAAGUCAGUUCAAAUCAGAGAAAAAGUCUCCUAUAAAUCAGUUCAAAUAUAGCAGUAUAGAAUCUGUGUUGGAUUCAGAAUGUACUAAAAAUAAUAAGAAAUAUUGCAGUAAUAAAAUUCUAAAUAAAGAUACAACUAUAAAAGAUAAGAAGUCUGAAGAACAUGAUACACAGAUCCAUCAUGAAAAAUCAGUAGAAUCUACAAAAAAGUUUUCAUGGGGUAAUAAGAGCAGUAAAUUUGCAAGUAAGAGUUUUGAAAAAACAUGUAAAGAUAAAGGAAAAAAUGAUCCUAUAGAUAAAAAAUUGAAAGCUAAAAAAAUUCUUUGCAGUCCUUUAAGAAAAUUUGGUCGAUCAUCUUUGACAAUCGAACCGGAUAAAAUUAUGAUAAAUUUACCAAAGUGUUCUCCUUGCGCUUGUAGAUUGGCUGCAAGUUCAAAAAUUUUAUCCAAUGAUUCCAGUUUACUAUCCCGAUUUACUAUAAAUCGUGAAAGUCCUCAUUAUGCUGUACGUUCGAAGAGUCCGUCGCAUAUAGACGUACAAACGGAUAUUAGUUCGAAGUCUUCAGAAAGGACAUCAAUGCAAACUAAUUUAUUUUCAAAUAUACAACAAUUUAAAAAAUCACGAUAUACGCCUCGAAGCAGAAGCGUCGGUGAGUUGUGCAACAUUGUCAACAAGUGAAGCAGUCUUGAGUUAUUCAUCUAGUAGAAUGAAACUAUUUCUGGACAAAACUGGACUUCCAACAUCAUCAGUUGAAUGCUCAGGAAAUGUUUAUUCAAAAAUUAAAGAGAAAACUAUAUAUAGAACAUUCUGAUAAAAUUUAACAAAGCAACUUUAGAGGCAAAGUGUUAACUAAAAAUAACAUGAAUCCCACAAGUUGUCGCUCCAUUAUUCUUCCACAUAACUUUAAAGAAAUCAUAGAUUUAUACGCACGACACUUAUUCGGGCUGUAACAGUGCUAGUGAGACUGUGCACAUAAAUACACAUAUAAUACAUACAUAAAAUUUAUUAUAUUUCUAGAAAUAUGAAAUAAUAUAUCUGUGCAUAUUAAAUAUUCUUAUUACACAUGCGCACACAUACUGGUGCAUGCGUGUGUAUGUUGUAAGCCGUUUUUAUAGCGUAUGCUGUGGAACGUUGUUACGACAAAUACGUCGAGUAUUAUUAUUAUUAUUUUUAUUAUUAUCUUCCUUAAGAUUAGGGAGUCGAAUGGCUUACAUUAAAAUACUUUGUGCUACCACGAUUGGUAUUAUACUUGCCUGUAGCAAGUAUGUGGUAUGAAAUAUUCUUCGCUGAACCUAUAUUUCUUAAUUUAAUAAUUUCAAUAUAAUUUUAUAUUAUCAUUGGUUAAUUAAGAAUUUGUUCAUCAUCAUUCAUUAUUUCAUUAUGCAUUUAAACUUAUUUUUUAAAAAUUUUUCUAAAAAAAAUAAACAACAAUUAAUAGAUUUAUUUAUAGUGAAUGGGAUGUAUAUUUUGCAUUCAGUAUUUUUUUUUAUGACUCAAUUUUAUAAAUUAGGCUCAGCGAUGAAACAAAUAUAAUGUGAAAUCGCAUGUUUUUAUAAAUAAAUCGCUGUCACUGUGACCAGUGUAUAUGAUAGCUGUAUCGAUAACGAAAACAUUUGUUUUUAUAUUGACCCACAGCAAAGGCCUGUGCAGUGAGCAAUGGAAAUCUUCCAAGAUAGCAAAGAAUUUAGAAUAGAGAUUAAAAGUUAAUGGAUAGCGUUAAGAAAUCGUGUAAGUGUGAGACGUCAUAAAAGACGCUACGUUUUACUGACAAUGAAUGAGAUGAUGAGAUAACAAUAAGAAUGCAACUAGAUAGGGACAAUAUUACUGCCAAACUUGAUUAUGAAUUAGUUUAUUUCUAAAGAGAUGAAUCGUUUGGAGGAUCUUGUCUAUAGGUAUGUUUCUUGUUAGUAUUUUUAUAUCUCGAUAAUGUAAAUACAGUACAAUUAAAUAAUUUUUUCUUCAUUAGUGUAUGUAUAAUGUAUGCGACAACGUGACUGUACGGAGCCAAUGGAAUGAAUCGGCGCUAGUACAUGUAUGUAUUUCUGUAGAAAUUUUUUUUUUUAAUUUUGAGUUUUCUUGAAAAUUUCUACCCGUCCUUGUUAUCUUUUAAAUAAUAAAUUACUACGAAUGUUUUCAAAUUAUGAGUAUAAAUUAAAAUUAAAUGUACAUGUAAUUGUAAUGGUAUGAAUGAAUGGAAAGUGAAUAUAAAAUUGUUAAAAUUUAAUCAAAACAAAACAAAUCUAAUAAAUUACUAUUGCAAAAUAAUUAAGAAUAAUGUAUAAUUUUCGUUAUUUUAUCUAUAAGUUUGAUAUUCUUAAUUGUUGUUAUCUAUGUUGUUGUAUCUUCAAAUAUUACUUUUGUUACUUAUUUUGCAUUGUUAUUUUAUUAACUAUUAUCCAAUUAUCAAUCUUUAUAUUCACUUUCCUUUAAUAUUAAUCUCUUAGAAUACGUUAUGAUGCAUUAUAGUAUCGAGAGUCCGAUACUACUCUUCCAUUGGCUUUCACGUAGCCGUUAUUAAAUUGAUCUGUAUCGAUCGCAAUUCUAAUAUCUAUUUCGUAACUUGUGAAAAAAAAAAUUUAUACUGUUGUUUGACAAAUAUCCAGUUUUAUAGACGGCGAAUAUUUCAGAGAGCGAAUUUUAUAGUAAACUUAGUAAAGACAACAUAUACAUAUAUAGAAUAACAAAAUGAUCGGUGCUCGACGAAAAAUAAAUUUGGUCGUAUAUAAAACUGGAUAAAAAGAUAACUUUUGUACAGCAUAUUUCGAACGCAUACGUGUCCCCUCUUUCUUCUACUUUCAUUCUCAUUUUCCGUCGUGUGUUUCUCUCUUUCUCUCUUUCUCUCGCUCAUUUCUUUUACUAUUUUUUAUUAUCCUACUCUGUCUCUCAAUACGCGUCAAGCAAUCGACCGGUUUUGAACAGCACUUUCGUCUUUCAUAAUUGCAUCGUGCUGGUAGAAUGGUACUCAAUGGUCUUUUUUUUUUUCUUUGGGUAUCACGCGAAUCACGGUGCGGUAUUCAUAACUGUACAUAUUAGCGUAUAAGUGAAAUAUUAGAAAUAAUAUACUCGAUGUUCUGUUCGGUCGUAUCUAAUGUACUUACGGGAGAAGAAGAUAGAUUAAAGAGAUGGGAGGGAGGAGAUAACAAUGAUAGAGAUUACGAAAUCCCUUGAAUCGAUCGUUAGUCAUAUGUCAUAUGUAUCACAAAAUGUAGUCACAAAGUGAAUUAGUUGAUUAGUUGUUUGAUAAAUAAAUAACACGUAGUUCAUUACAAAAUUAUUAUAACACAGGAAAGAGAAGAAAGAGAAGAAAGAUGAGUAUCGUUUAUUUCGGAGUAAAUAAUGAAAUUAUUGUUUUUUUUUAGCGCAUAAAGAUAUAAUACCAGCCGAAAUAAUAUUAUUUCUUUCUGAGAUUGUGUAGAAUGCAUAGUCUGAAACACAUUGCUGGGCACCCGAUUAGGGUUGUUUUAAGAUUUUAUACUUCGAUCGCACUUGACUUGAGCGUACUGCAUUGCGAAAUACUUUAUUAAUCUUUGCGAAAUCUAAAAUAAUAUAUAAUUAUUAUGUAUGUAAAUCAUAUACACAAGCUCGCAUUAUUCAUAUACAGCUUGUUUUAACGUUAUUCAUUAUCGAAUAAAACAUUUCUCAUAAGAAUCAUUCUUAUCCUUUUAUUUGAGCGAUUGGUCGUCGUAUAAAUUACAUUCGUUAAAAUAAUAGAAUUGUAUUUAAAUAAUGCAGCCGCUCAUUGUCAUACUUUUCUAAAAAUCGAAAUUAUAUAUGUACUCGUAAUCUCAUUUCCUUUUUUUUAAAACGUUUUCCUCUUUUAGUUAGUAUUGAUCAUUGCAAAUUGGUAUCUGUAAUUAAUGCUAUUGAAGUAACAAUGUUAAUAAAAUCCUAUAGAAAUGACAGUAAAA